UUUUUUUUGCAGAUAAUUAUUUUGUUGCUGCUGCCUUUCUGCUAUGGGCAGUUUUCAAUUCAAGGGCCUAGCGAUGGAAACAGACGGGCCCAGGGCCUCAAGUACAGUGCGGACAAGGGUGUCGAGUACACAGACCAGGCCGCGUCUUUGAGAAACGACGGCUUCACAAUCCAAGGAGCCAGCGAUGGCAACAGUGACUUCCGUAUUCAAGGUGCUACGGAUAGUAAUUCAAAUUUUCACAUCCAAGGUGCCACAGAUGGCAACUCUGAGUUCCAGAUUCACGGACCAACCGACGGUGGGAGUCAAGCUUAUCUGCAUAACUACGACCCAAGCCAGGAAGAGGCCCAGCAAAAUGUGCAACAGGACCAAGGUAUCAAAUAUAAGAAUCAUUCUAGUCACCGAUUAAAUUGGCGCGCAUACAAACAACAGCAACAGCAACAGCAACAGCAGCAGCAGCAGCAGCAGCAGCAGCAGCAGCAGCAGCAGCAACAAUAUGAAGAGCCAAUAAUACGGCCAAUGUCACGUCGCCCUGCACACCGACGAGUGCAAGCUCAAGCUGCAACAGCAGCUCCUCGAGCUCAGGCGCAGCCACAAACCCAGCCUCAGAUUCAACACCACCAAUACGGAGCUCCCGUGGCCAAUAUCAAUUACAACCCCAUUGAGAAGGCUCCGCCGUCGAUUCAAGAAAUACUUCAGUUCCAAGCCCAAAUACCAUAUGUUGACAUCAUACCCGAGCACCUCAGACAGAACGCUCUCUCAGCUGCCCAAGAGCAAGCCAAGAAAUUUGCCGAGGAAUAUCCCAAGCAGGUCCUCGCCCAGCAGCCCCCACAGCUCAUAAUUGAAGAAGCGCCUCGGAGUCCUUACAGAUCGAAGCCUCGACAACAGCAACAGCAUCAACAUCAAGCCCGUCAGCGUCGUCAGCAGCAACAGAGACGCCAAGCACCCCAGUACGAGGCCUACCAGCAGCAACAAGCCUAUGCCCAACAGCAGUCAGCUAACACCCAUCAACAGGAGGCAUACGCCCACCAGCAGCGACGUCAGGCACCGCAGCAGAUCGAAGCCUACCAGCAUAAACCACAGGCUCAGCCGCAGAAUCAACCAAUACAGCAGCAUUUCAACUUCGACCCUAAAGCCUACAAGAGAAUAAGCCAGCCGCCCGUCGAGCAACUGCCACAUUACUCCAGCAGCGUACCCCAACAAAUCCAGGAGAUUUUGAAGUACCAGGCACAAUUACCCUAUGACAUAAUUGCCAACCAAAUAUCCUACCAGCCAGAUAAGCCUUAUGUGCCCCAACCUGUACAGCCCCAAGAGUAUCAAGCUGCUACAGCUGAGGCCCCAGUACAUUCACAUUUCAAACACCAGGCCGCUGCUGCUCCUGCCCAGUCAUCUUACACCCACACUCAAGCUUAUUAUGGUAACCAUCAACAGCAGCAACAGUACGCGGAACAGCCGCAGAACAAGGCGCGUCCCGUGCACGAGCAGCAGUAUUGA